CCCGCAGUCGGAGGGCUCGACGUCGACCCCUUCCGAUCAUCCGAUCACAUCAAAGUGACAAAUGCCUCCGUGAGGAAGGGUGCUGGAUGAAUUGCAAAAAAAGGCAAAAAUAAAAUAUCACGUCUGUCAAUGCCAUCAAUGCCUUGGUGGAUCGCCCGCGAGGCAUGAAGUGGUUUAUUGUCCAGCCGCAACCAGAUGACAUCUCGACCUGGAAUAUGGGAAAUGUCCCGUUUGAUGGAGACUCGGACAAGGAUCUGCUUUGCCCUCCCGUCGUCGAUCCCAGGCCCCCCCCUGGAUGCUUGCUGGACAUGACAUGGGAUUGUCGAGAAAAAGUAAAUCAUAGCGCGGUGCACUGUGUUGCUUCUUUUCCUGCCCCGCCUUUUUGCUUGUUAAUUGUUUGGCCUUUUGCUUUGCGUGCUCUUUCCCCUUGCAGUCAGUCUUUCUUGGCUGGCUUCUCGUUGGUCUCGAUUUCCCGCUUGCUCGCUUGCUCGCUUGCUUGCCGGCGGAUUUCAAUGGCCAAAAAGCGAGGGGAAAAGGAAAAAAAGCAAAUAGGCCAAGGCGCGACGGAGCUAUCUCCCCGCUCUUCGACGCCGCAGUCCCGCCGCCGCUGCCGCCGCCGCGGCGAGAUGCUUGCAUCGGGCCCACCCUUCCCCCGGCCCAUCAAACCUCGAUAGCGGGAGCUUAGGUUAUCAAAUCUGACAUGUCAAGGGCCAUUUGCUAGCAACGACACGUCUGGCUACAGAUACAAGCUCCCAACUCUAGACAUUGAAACAGAAUAACAGCGACAAUGCCCAUCAACUCGAGGGUGAGGCGAGGGUGUUACCUUGGGCUUGGACCAGGCAGUUGCAAUUCGCACGUUGAGGCCGUGAUGCGGAGUGCGGGCGGGGUUGCGGGUGCGGACAAGUUCGUGAUGUGAUGCC